GUUUUGCAUUGAGUGGUGAUAUGACUGUAGACUGCAAGUUCGACUGUCGUACUGUGAGAGAGUGAAUAAAUGUCUGGAUAUAUUGUCUGCUUAGUAACGUCAUUCAUACAACCCUCUCACCAUAGGUGUGAGACGUCUCCAAAUAACCACUCACGCCUUGAUUACUUUACUCUGUAUACCGGAUUAAGUGAGUGUCAGCAAAUGUGGAUCGUGGAAUGCAUUGUCAAUAGAAUUCACUAAAGAAAACUGAAACAGUUGGGAGAAUGUUGUGUUCCUGAUACACAGACCACAAGUGCGGUACCUCAUUUCAGCGUGAUUUUACUCCGAUGAUUAUUUUCACAAGUCAUUAUCACAGAUCAAAUGAUACUGUCUGUAAAAUGAGUUAAGUGAAGAACUUAACGAAGUGGAAUUCAUGCAGGCUGAAAAAGAUAUGGGUUGAUUCGUCUACACUGACAUUUUCAUUGUUCAUUCUUUUCUUCUCUGAUUUCAUACAUCCAUGCAUAUCGUACCAACUGUGUGAAUCAAAUGAUCGAAACAAUACUGUGAAAUUCAAAAUAUCACAUGUAACCUGUUCUUUAUCACACAAUCAACACAAACACUUACUCAUAUAUGUGUACUCAAAUUCUCUCUCUACUCCUUUACAUGGAACCGCGCGCGCUGCGGACUGGACAUUACUUUCAGGCUGAGGCUUUCAGUCUUCUUUUUCUAGGAUUCUCGCAGAGCUGGGUGGAUUAUUUCUCUUCUUGGAAUUAUGUAAGAUAACUCAGUUCUGAACUAGUAACAUAUAAACUUUGAAUUUCAUGCCAUAUGAUAAGAUCUGAUUUUAACUUAUUCAUGCAUGAAUAAUAAAUAACAUGAUAUUUAUGAUCAUAUUCAUACAAUAAUUCAUAAUUAUAUAAUCACAUAUAUUCAUUUUGGCUAUACGAUCAAUGUAUGCUCUGUCAUUUUAAAACCAUAUAUAAUCAUAUUUGACAAAGAUUUGCAUUUCAUAUCGGUAUUCUAUUCCUUAAGGAAUAUAUGGUUAUAUCGUAUUUGGAUGCUUUAACCUACGUACUUUAUAUAUCUACAGGAUCUAUUCAAAUCUCUACCUAAUAUCGAGAAAUAUAUAUAACCGUGUAUGUUAAAGCACUGUACUCACUAUUUUAUGAACUAUCAUUUAAAUCCUAGUUGGAUACUAUAUAUCAAUUAAUUUCCGAAAUUACCUGUCCAAUUCAGUGAGUCUGCAAUAGUUUUUUGACAGUAUUUUUACCCAAAAACUGUUUCAUGUGUUUGUUUGUAAAGCGACAUAAUCUGAGACGAAAAUAAUCUUUUCAACCACUUAUCUCUGCAUCUCACAAUUUUUAUCAAUGCGGACAUUUAGUUUAUAAAUGUAUCACCUACCGUACUCACUUUGAUUGUUUGAUACUAAUUAACGACAUUUCUAAAUUUAUUAUAUAAGGCUAUCUUUCGAGUGAUACGGAUACUGACAUAAAUUCUUCAUCUCCACUACUAUCUUCCUGCCAUUUUCAUAUCUUGUUUUUGACACUUUCACUAAUCCUCACGAUACAUUCACUCCUGGUUAAAACAUAGGUUUUGAUUUCUAGACUAUUUUGAGCCCUCGGAAUUGAUUUUUUUUCACCCAUUUCUAUUUCCAACAUUCUGUUCAAACCAUUUGCUAUACGUCGCUUUCUUAUCAUACCACAAAAGAAAAUGAAGACCCCUGCUUCUAGGUGCUCAGCCAAACGUAGGAAAACAAUACAAUUUAACACCACUACUGAGACGAUUUCCGUCAGUUUCAACGAGACGAGUCACUCCAUUCAUCCGGAAGCAGACAAGCUUUCACCAGUUGUCUCCAUACCAGACAUGUUAAAAACUCUGCUGGUAAACAGUGAUGAUAAUAGCAAUUGCAACCAUAUGGCUGCUAUAAAAAAGUUGCAAGUAGACAUAAACAUUCUCAAUCCGCUUAAAUAUCUCAUCAACUUUAACCUCACAGAGACUCCAGAUCAAAUGAAUGACAUAAAUAUUUCCCCAGAUUGUGUUGCAUCAGAGGUAUUUGAAAGAACAAGACGAUCUAGCAAUGCAAUUGUGUUUAAUAUACGGGAUACAUAUGCCCUUAAAAAUGUCAAAUCUAGUCUGCUUAGAGCCAACAAUAUGACACACGUACCAUGUGUAUGCACAACAUUGAAAAGAAGUCAUCCUGGUAUGCACUUACUGAUCUUGUUCAAAUUCAACUCAUCUGUAGACGCCAGUGAAUUUUUAACUUCCUCCAAUUCAUUGAGACCAAAACAGAUUUUCAAGGAUAAUAAAACUCUUCCGGAUAAAACACCAUGCCAGAGAGAAGCAGAAAGAGUUAGCUACAGACCACCAGCGUCAAACUCUCAAAUGCAUCACAUUCCCAAUGGUCGUAAAAUUAAGUCCGAUUCUACGAACACGUCUAGCUUUACAGGUAUGCUGCGACCGAAAAACUCUUCUGAAUCUUUAGAAGAAAGUAAUCCCGAUGUAGGUGGUGUCCGUCUUCUUAAGAAUGUUAACUUAGAUUCAACCCGAAGUAGUUGUGCUGAUGACGAAUAGGACAACACAGUCCGAACCUCUGUUAGUGCAACACCUAGUUACAGUAACUGUGUAACGGAUAACAAGAAAACUAACCAUAACAUUUAUAUAACUGACCACACACUUAACAUCCAUAUAUUCGAACCUUGCAAACCAUCGCAAGUAUGUUUAACAGCACACGAUUCUCCCCAAAUUACGAAGGAACCAAAAUCAACCACAAACCUUGGAAAUAAACGUCUUAAACACGUUACCCAUACUUCAGGUAUAAAUAGUUAUCUGAAGUGUAAUUGGCAAUUUGGUCGCACACAUAGACCUGAUAGCCUUCUUGGUCCGGCUCCCAAUGUGUAUAAUAUGCCUUUAUCAGAUGUUAUAUCCAAUAGCGAUGAGAGGACUUUUUUGUAAUUCCGCCGGCUUUCCUGCCGACAACGGUAAACAUAUUUCACAAGAUGACAAAGUGGUAGAAUCUAUUUCCCCACGCAACACAACUCUUACCUUAGGUAAUCCUACGAGUAUUCAUGGAACUACCAAUUGCGAUUUAUACUCUAACCUGCUUCACUAUGACAACUCUGAGUUUCUUAUUCUUUCGUUCAGUGCCCGCUCUCUGUCUAAUAAAAUUAUUCAUCUUAAAACUCUUUUAUUCUUUGUAAAUCCAACCAUUGAACUUAUUACGGAAACGUGGUGCAAUUCAUCUAUAUCCGAUCAUUCCUUGAAUUUAGAUAACUACGUUUUCUUUAGAACCGAUAGAUGUUAUGGAUUAGCAGGCGGUACAAUUAUCUAUGUCCGUUCAGACAAUCAAGCGUGCGAAUUUGAGGAUGAAUCCCUUGAUGCUAUAAAUGACUCCUCUUGGGUUACUGUAAACCGUGGAUCCCAGAGUUAUUUACUGGUGGAAUGCAUAUACAGACCACCUCAUGUGGAUACUAAGCUUGACAGAUUACUAGCAAACAUAUUUUCCAUUGCUUCGCACCAACCGCAUACUUUUAAAAUCAUCGGAUGUGAUUUUAAUCUGCCAAAAAUUACAUGGGGCUUGACUCCGGUACCAGGUCGAUAUAACAAGCUAGUUGAAACACUUAAAAUUUGUGUAUGGGUCCAACAGGUCCGAAAACCGACCAGGGGGAAUAACAUACUUGAUUUAAUGUUCACAAUCAACAUAGACUCUAUCUCAGUGCAUAUCAGUCAUGAGUUUUUGAAGAGUGACCAUAGAGUUGUAUUGAGUAUUAUUCACUCUUUAAACGCCAUACAAUUGAAUUCUAAAGCUUCAUUGAUGUACCAAAGCAGACAUUUCAAUCAACAAACCUGGAAACGGUUUGAAACUCUCAUUCAAUGUUUACCAUAGGAAACUUAUUUUACCACAAAUAAUGUUGACAUUGUGCUUUCCAAUCUAUACCACAACCUGAUAUAUUGCCUUGACUGCACUGCUUCAGCUAUUGGCCGUGUGGCUCAUAAUGCUAAUAGGGGCCAACAUAAUUUUAAAAGAAAGCUGAGGGAUUUAAAAUGCCGCUACUACGAGCAGAAUGAUGGAUAUGCAUUUCAGAGUAUACUUAAAUUAUUCGAUAGGAAUGCUUCAUCUAAACGUAAGUAUUUUAUGAAUAUAGAAAAUAAAACUAUACAUAGUAAAAGCCCAGAAUUAUCAAUACGUCGGCUUUUGAAAUCCCGUGUAAAGUCAAAUUCCCUUGGCACGACUAAAUUCUUCAUAGUUAACGGAAGCAUUGGUAACGACCCGAAUACUAUAUGAGAACAAUUCAGCAAGCACUUCUCGCAGUGCUACAAAACUGGAACUGAAAGCUCUAUCGUUACAUUUCCAAUGCUGACAUCCAGACAUCUAUCGAAAAUUGAUGUUAUACCCUCCAAAAUCAUGCAGGCCGCAGCUGCCCUAAAAAAGUCUUAUGAUGGUUGACCUGACGGGAUACCUUCAUCAUUUGUGAAAUAUGGAAGUAGAUAAUUCUCACUGUUUUGUUUGAUACUUUUCAAACUAUCCAUGGAAUAUGGGACCUAUCAAUCUGUAUGCAAAACGUCCCUUGUCACCUCUAGAUUCAAAACAGGAUCACCUAGUGAUAUUAUUAACUAUAGGCCAAUUAAUUUGACAUCCGUGCUCUCAAGAACCAUGGAAAAAAUCAUCCACAAGCAGCUUUUAUCAUUUUUUUCCGGCUAGUCUGAUCAGCCCAUCCCAACACGGGUUUAUGACUAAACGCUCAUGUUUCACAUCGCACCUGGAGAUUUUUGAUCAAAUUACCCAGAUAAGAGAUAUUGGUCAGUCAGUGAUAAUUCUUUACUUCGAUUUUAGUAAGGCUUUCGACAGUGUCUCACACAAACUUCUUCUUGUAAAACUCUCUUCAUUUGGCAUACAGAAUCCCCUUUUAUCUUGGCUCAAAUGGUUUUUAGAAGAACGUAGCCAAAUCGUUCGCUUUGGAUCUUGCUACUCUAAACCUGUGAAUGUAACCAGCGGGGUUAUACAAGGAAGUGUGAUUGGUCCAUUACUCUUUCUCCUUUUUAUCAAUGACGUGUGUUCCCUCUUUCAGUAUGGUAAACCUUUCCUUUUUGCCGAUGACCUGAAAGUACUUUAUUCAUUCUCUUCUCCCACCAAAGAAAACUAUAUUUCAGCGGUAAUCCAAGAGGAAAAAAACAAGUUGUACGAAUGGACUGUUUUAUGGAAUUUGCCACUUAAUGUUAACAAAAGUGGAUUUAUUCACAUUGGCCGCUGCCUUAACUUAUAUCUGACUAUACACAAGCAUACACUCAAACCUCUCAACACUGUUCGUGACCUGGGUUUAAGAUAUAGCAAUAGUCUGAACUUUUCUGAACACAUUAUAUAUCAAGUAUCCAAAGCUAGAAAGCUCAUCAGAUUGAUAAUGACAAACUUCAAUAAUAUCGAAUCGAGAUUGUUAUUAUGCAGAAAAUGUAUCUUACCCAUUCUUGAAUAUGGUAUUUUAGUUUACAGUAAUUGCAGACAUAAUGAUCUGAUUAAAAUUAAAGGUGUUCAAAGAAAGUUCAUCAAAGCUGUUCUGGGGUAUUCCGAUAACAAAGACUAUCACCAAAAAUGUUAACAACUCAACUUAAAACCUCUUUGGUUCAGACGUAUCAAAUUAAAUCUUAUCUUUAUCUACCGGCUUAUAAACGGUAUUUCCUACACUUCGGUAUCCACCCCUUCAUAUCUUAUGAUAUCAUCCCACAAUAUACGCAAGAAGAAGAAUAUUCUAGCGAUUCCAAGAAUCCACACAAACGUACUUCAGAAUUUUUUUCUUAUUCGCUACUCAACCAUGUGGAACAGACUGUCAGUGAACCUCCGUUGCAGUGAAACUACAACCCGGUUCAGAAGUCUCCUUCAAGAUUUUCUUUCCAAAAGUGGAUUAUGUCACCUAUUGAAUAUCAAUGUAUUCAAUAAUGAUAUUUACACAAACAAGGUCCAUCAUCCAUUUAAUUGCCUGAAAAGCAAAAUGAAACCUUUGAAACUUCUCACGUCUAUUUUAUUUUAUUUCCAUUCAUCUUAAUAUAUGAAGUCUACUUAUGUUCGUGUUUAUCGUUAUUACCGUUAUUAAUAUCAUUAUUGGUUCCCCGACACAUUAGAUAUUCUUUUUAUCUCUUCUUAUCCUUGUAAACAUAUUUAACUCCAGGUUGUCCUUUGAAAUCAAUUGUGACCUUCAUAGCAUCAUUCUUAAUUAUUAUUGCACAAUUGUUGAUAAUAAUAUCCGGUUUCGCUCUGUAUACUAUUACAUAAAUCUAAAUGUAUUCAUUUGAGUGCACUAAAAGAUUUUUUUUAUUUUUCUCAAUCGCUGGUUUACUUUUGAGGUUGGUAUUCAUUACACAAUUAUUAUUAUUAUUAUCAUGGAUGAACCUUUUCACUAGGUGUUCACUUCUUAAGAUUACGAAGUUUGUAAUUAAGAUAAUAACUUGUGUAACAUUCAAAUUAACUUCUCAGACUCAUUUUAUCUUCACUGUUCAGAUAUGACUUGUACAUAUUGAUAUUUCGUUAUCGUUUUCAUUUAUUAAUUGAGACUUUCAUAGCAUCACAUCAAACUAUAACUGCACAAUCAUUUAUAUUCUAGCGUCAUAUCUUACUGCGAUAAUAAAUUAUUUUUUGUUACUAACUUGACGACACAAACAUAGUCGUUUAUUCUUGUUCUGCGUUCAUAAACACGCUUAUUAAAAGAUUUGCAUAUUUCACGUUUCCAUUCAUUUCUAUUCUCUUAUUUUCUUCUUUAAACUCAAUUCAAUAUUCUUCUCAAUGACACAGAAUAUAGCAGGUAUAAUGCUAACAUUAUUGAAAAUUGUGUAUUAUUGCAUUUUUUUGAAGAAACCUGAAAUGGUUUCGUCACAACACUUAUGUAUCCAUAAAAUGUUUGUGAAUAAUAAUAAAUACUACAUUUCACAAAUCCACUACAACAUACUCUUAUACAGAAAUGAAGUGAUGACUCACAUACAAUAACUUUGAUCCAAAUAACAUGACAUUGACAUAAUCAGGUCUAUUUUGAAUAAGAUUGAUGAAAUUCCGUGAAAACAUUUCAUUCCAUAUCAGGUACUUUAUCUAUUCACCUUAUGUAUGCGAUCAUCAGUUUCUAUCACUUUUUCUGUUGUUUGUUAAAGAAACUUGUUGGAACACCUUGUAUUGAGAAUUCUACUUUGUAUCAAACACAUAAUAUUGAUUGAAGCCAUUAAUCACAAACAUAAUAAUAAAUUAUUAUCUUAAUUUCUCAAUGUGAUAUCAUGAUGACGCAUCGAACGAUUGUCAUAGUUUAACUGUUGAACAUUGAUGUUCGUGGAUCCAUUACAGUCUACAUAAUGUAAUGGAGUUUUCAUGAAAACUCAUCUAAACAACUUGCUUGUUAGAUAUCGUUUACUUCAGUGUUUUUUUAUCAAUCCAGACAAGGAUUAUUCUAUGUUAAAUAUUCCUUUCUCCAGUAUAUCUUCGACGAUAACUAAUAUGUUCUUGGUACUUAUCACCAAUAUGUGAAUAUUUUAAUGUUGGACUCAAAGUAGACUGCUACAUGCAUUAUCCAGCCAACACUGUUUGACAUGAAACUAUUCAGUUGAUUUUAGUUACUGUCAAUACUUUUGACAUCUGCUUGUAAUUUGUGACACAUUGUGUUCUUUGGCCUUCCACUUUACUGUCGCACUUCACAUUAAGAAUUAUUGCAUGUGUGUAAUGCGGUUUGAUGAUCUCCACAGUAUAUGUCUUAUUCAUCAUCAUUGUCUUUUUCCAAUUUCCUCAUCAGUUGAAAGCUGGUUUGUUCUCAUACACGGUAGACUGUUGCUGGUGAUAUCCGACCAACAAACAUUGAUUAUCUUGUGCAGACAAUUAUAUAGAAAUGCUUUGAAUGUUUUGAUGAAAUUGUUAGUGGUAGAAUGGGUUAAUGAAAUUAAAUAAACGUUAAUGUGGGUGAGGUGUUAAAAUGCAAUGAGUCAAUAUGACAUUGAUCGACAGGAUAGUUUGUCUGAGAAAUUAGAUAUUUGUUGGACCAUUUUGUAUUCGAAAUGUUUUAUUUUCCAUUGAUGUUUCUUUGAUUUUCUUAAUGAAAAACACAAUGACUCGUUUUCUUCAUCUGAAAUCCGUUAGAUUGAACAUUUUCUACAAAAGUAAUUCUUUGUCUACACUAAAUAGGUGGCAACACAAAAGAAGCUUUCCAUACAACUUCACACUGAUCCAGUAGUUAUGCAAAGUCAUUUUGUUAAUAAUUGUGACGAAUGAUGAAGUGAUGUUACAGACACUGACGAUGAUCCAGUCCAUUGCAACGGGGCUACAUUCCAUAAAUCUCAUCACCAACAUUGGGCAGCAUAGGAAUGAGUUCCACUGCCAUCUGUUAUCAGACGUGAUCAUGCAAUUUCGCUGCAAACAGAAUAAACAUGAAAUCGAAUUUCAAUACUCAAUACACAGUCACGUUUAGACAGUGUGUUUACGAAACUUAUUACGAUUUUAUGUCACCAAAUUGUCUUCAACUUCUAGUUUACAUCCCGAUCAACGUACUUUAUACACCAAACAAUUGCUCAAUGACGACGUUAAGGAAGUUAUACAACGUCACUCUAAUAGAAUCCAGGAAUUUUCUUGGCUGACCAGCUGAUAACCGGGAAAAAUUGAACGGAAGAUUCUAUAGGUAGAAUACUGUACAUCAAAAUGUUAACAACAGUUAUUUGCUUAUUAUCCGUAAGAAUCUGAAAAGAAGUGAAGAGAUCAUUCCCCAUAGUGUGUGCUAAAUACCUCGACACAAUCACAGCGAAUUCAGUUCCACAACCAUGAAAUCAUUUCAUCUUAAUAACUAUUACUAGUGAUUUAAAUGGAUGAGAUACCACUCGUUCACAUUUUGAAAAAUACACAUUCUGAACUGAUCAUAACUUUCAUCACCAAAACGCUGUUGAAAAUUCGGCAGUAAACAUUUUGAGCAUUUCGUGUUUAGAUGGCAAACUUAUGCAUAACGGGAUUUCAGUGUUCCUCUACAACACUUCAAUAUUCUUCAUUCUUGCAUUAAUGUUCAAACAACAUCAUAACCACUACUGAUUAGGAAAAUGUUCUUCAACUAAUAACCCUGUAUCAACAAUCUUUAUACACUUACCUGAUUGACGUAGUCUAUCUCUCAAUUAUCG